AUAAAUAUGAACCCUAGAGUGGUAUAUGUCAAAAUAAACUAGCAUUAUAUUUACCACCGCGACGCAGCCUCAGACUCUCUCGAGAAAGUUCCCUAAACCCUCCUGCUAAACCCUAGCAUCUUCCCUCUUCCACCCUAAAUCCGGACCAUGGCUCUACAUCCGCUUCGCCUCCGUCGGACCCUAACCACUCUGACCACUCUCCACCGCAGUCUCUCCCUUCCCACCCCCAGGGUUCCUUCACUUACAGCCCCCGUUUCCAAUUCCGACCUUGCGCCACCUCCGUCAUCCUUACCAUCGUCUUUCUCCAUCUUCCAAUCUCGAUGGUUCAGAUCAUCGGGGGGUCCCCUUUCAUCACCGAGACAGUACAAGCUGUACAAGGAAGGGGAUGAGAUCACCGAAGAUACGGUUCUAUUCGAAGGUUGUGAUUACAAUCAUUGGCUCAUCGUCGUUGAUUUCCCCAAAGAUAAUAAGCCUCCUCCUGAAGAGAUGAUUCGUACUUACGAGAAUAUUUGUGCUCAAGGCCUCGGCAUCAGCGUGGAAGAGGCCAAAAAAAGAAUAUAUGCAUGUAGCACAACUACUUAUCAAGGUUUUCAGGUUUUAAUGUCUGAAGAAGAGUCUGAAAAGUUUAAUGAUGUACCUGGUGUUGUUUUUGUAUUGCCAGAUUCUUACAUUGACCCAGUUAACAAGGAAUAUGGAGGAGACAAGUAUGAGAAUGGUAUUAUAACACCAAGGCCACCUCCUAUCCAUUAUGGUAGAAACCAAGGCGGUAGGUUCCGUCAACAAAAUAGAAACCCUGACCAACCAAGAUAUGAUAGACAAGGAAAUACCACUCCGAACCAGCAAGGGAAUGUGCCUUACAAUCAGCAGGGUUUUGCGCAAGGGGAUGGAAGGAACUAUAGGCCUCCACAAAAUUAUCCACCCCAACAAAAUUACAGGCAGCAGCCGCCAAUGAAUAACAGAGAUUAUGCUCCUAGAGGCUCUGAUCCUUUGCAUCAGAGCAGUUACAACCAAGGAAGGCAGGGAAGUUAUAAUUCCCAAGAACGAAGGGACUUCGUUCAAGGAGAGCAUUGGAAUUAUAUGCCUCCUGAGCAAAGGGAUUUCAGAGGAGAUCAUAGGAACUAUGCAUCCUCACAAGGUGGGAAUUAUGGGCAGGGACCAAGUUCUGGUUAUGGACAAAAUUUCGGACAGGGGGCAAAUCCUGGCUAUGGGCAGAAUUUUGGGCAAGGGGCAAAUCCUGACUAUACCCAGAAUCCUGGGCAAGGCUACGACCGAGGUGUGAAUCCUGGCUAUGGGCAGAGUUUUCAGCAAGGAUCAAAUUUCGGACCUGGUCAGAACUAUGGCCCUGGAGCAGCUGCUGACUCUGGGCAGAGUUAUGGACAGAGUGCAAAUCCUGGGUAUGGACAAACUUACCCAGGGCAUGGAGGUGGUCAAGGAUUCCCACAGGCAGAGCAGAGAAAUGUGCAAGGAGAGGCAACUGGAUCAAUGGGGCAACAAGGAAGAUAAGAUUACUAGUGGAUGUUUGAGAUGAGUGAGAGAAUGGACAAGCAAAGGAGUCAUGUAGCAUUCGUGGCAUAGUAAAUAGUAGACUGUUUUGUCUUCGAUCGUUUUCGCAAAGCUUGUAGCAUCCUUUAUUCGGUUUUAGAGCUUGCACUAGUGAUUUCACUGCUACGAAUUAGUACAUAUAUUUUACCAGAGAAAUAUUUAAAUUUAAUUUUGGCUUUUGUUUCUGCCUUUCGUAGGAAUAAAUGCAUAAUUGGCCUUCAAA